AGAAAGCAUGGGAUUAUGGCAGUCACAGAGUCCCAGUAAUGCAAGUUCCAUUCAAUUUUUUCUGAAAGAAAGCCAUCUAUUUAAGUGAAGCAAAGGAACUAUGUGGAUUACAAUCUUUUGAGGAUCUGGAUUUUCAGUGGUUUGAAAGUAGAGCAACAUUUAACCUUUUAAAUGAAAAAGAUUAAGAUCUGUUGCAACUGUUAUAUUUUCUAGAAGCCAUUCUCCAAAAGGGAAGUCAUUUAAAGCACAGAUAAUGGUGGUCCUUUCUGUAGGCAUCGAAGUCUAAUUACUUUUACAUCAUGACCAGCUUGAAACGGUCACAGACGGAAAGGCCUGUUGCCACUGAAAGGGCCUCUGUUGUGGGAACAGAUGGCACUCCCAAAAUCCACACUGAUGACUUCUACAUGCGACGCUUCAGGUCCCAGAAUGGCAGUUUAGGAUCCUCAGUCAUGGCGCCUGUAGGGCCCCCUCGAAGCGAAGGCCCUCACCAUAUAACCUCAACCCCUGGAGUCCCAAAGAUGGGGGUUAGGGCAAGGAUUGCAGAUUGGCCUCCAAGAAAGGAAAAUGUGAAAGAAUCUAGCCGUUCAAGCCAGGAAAUAGAAACCUCAAGUUGCCUUGAGAGCAUGUCCUCCAAAAGCAGUCCUGUGAGUCAGGGAAGUUCUGUUAGCCUCAAUUCCAAUGACUCAGCUAUGUUAAAAAGCAUACAGAACACGCUGAAAAACAAGACAAGGCCGUUGGAGAACAUGGACUCCAGAUUUCUGAUGCCUGAAGCCUAUCCCAGCUCCCCUAGAAAAGCUCUUCGCAGAAUACGGCAGCGGAGCAACAGUGAUAUCACCAUAAGUGAACUUGAUGUGGAUAGCUUUGAUGAAUGUAUCUCACCCACAUACAAGACUGGACCAUCACUGCACAGGGAAUAUGGUAGCACAUCUUCAAUUGAUAAGCAGGGAACGUCCGGAGACAGCUUUUUUGACUUGUUAAAGGGCUAUAAAGACGACAAAUCUGACCGAGGCCCAACCCCAACCAAACUCAGUGACUUUCUCAUUGCCGGUGGGGCCAAGGGGUCUGGUUUCUCUUUGGAUGUUAUAGAUGGGCCCAUCUCACAGAGGGAGAACCUCAGGCUCUUCAAGGAAAGGGAAAAACCACUCAAGCGACGUUCCAAGUCUGAAACUGGAGACUCAUCCAUUUUUCGUAAACUACGCAAUGCCAAAGGUGAAGAACUUGGGAAAUCGUCAGAUCUUGAAGAUAACCGAUCAGAAGACUCUGUCAGGCCUUGGACGUGCCCUAAGUGCUUUGCGCACUAUGAUGUCCAGAGUAUAUUAUUUGACUUGAAUGAGGCAAUUAUGAACAGGCACAAUGUUAUUAAGAGGAGAAACACCACCACAGGAGCUUCGGCCGCUGCUGUGGCAUCCUUGGUCUCUGGACCUUUGUCUCAUUCAGCCAGUUUUAGCUCUCCCAUGGGCAGCACAGAGGACCUGAAUUCCAAAGGAAGCCUUGGUAUGGACCAGGGAGAUGAUAAAAGCAAUGAACUUGUGAUGAGUUGUCCAUAUUUCCGGAACGAGAUCGGUGGAGAAGGUGAAAGGAAAAUCAGCCUGUCAAAAUCAAAUUCUGGUUCUUUUAGUGGAUGUGAAAGUGCCUCCUUUGAGUCCACCCUCAGCUCCCAUUGCACAAAUGCAGGAGUGGCAGUACUUGAAGUGCCCAAGGAGAACUUGGUAUUGCAUCUGGAUAGAGUGAAAAGAUACAUUGUGGAACAUGUGGAUCUUGGUGCCUACUAUUACAGGAAAUUUUUCUAUCAGAAGGAACACUGGAACUAUUUUGGGGCUGACGAGAAUCUUGGUCCAGUGGCUGUAAGCAUUCGAAGGGAAAAACCGGAAGAAAUGAAAGAAAAUGGAUCUCCAUACAACUACCGGAUAAUUUUCAGAACUAGUGAGCUCAUGACCCUGAGAGGGUCAGUCCUGGAGGACGCCGUCCCCUCCACAGCAAAGCACUCGACUGCCAGAGGGCUUCCCCUGAAAGAAGUGCUGGAGCACGUGAUUCCUGAGCUCAAUGUCCAGUGUUUGCGGUUGGCCUUCAACACCCCCAAAGUCACAGAGCAGCUCAUGAAACUGGAUGAACAAGGGCUGAACUAUCAGCAGAAAGUAGGCAUCAUGUACUGCAAAGCUGGACAGAGCACCGAAGAAGAGAUGUACAACAACGAAUCGGCCGGCCCAGCCUUUGAGGAGUUCCUUCAGCUUUUGGGAGAGCGCGUUAGGCUCAAAGGAUUUGAGAAAUACCGUGCACAGCUUGACACCAAAACUGACUCCACUGGAACCCAUUCUCUGUACACAACAUAUAAAGACUAUGAAAUUAUGUUCCAUGUUUCUACCAUGCUGCCGUACACACCCAACAACAAGCAACAGCUCUUACGCAAGCGGCACAUUGGAAAUGACAUCGUAACAAUAGUUUUCCAAGAACCUGGAGCACAACCAUUCAGCCCGAAAAACAUUCGUUCCCACUUUCAGCACGUUUUCGUCAUUGUCAGGGCUCACAGCCCCUGCACGGACAGUGUCUGUUACAGUGUGGCAGUUACCAGGUCCAGAGAUGUGCCUUCUUUUGGGCCUCCUAUCCCCAAAGGAGUCACUUUCCCUAAAUCAAAUGUGUUUAGGGACUUCCUUUUGGCCAAAGUGAUUAACGCAGAAAAUGCUGCUCAUAAAUCGGAAAAGUUCCGGGCCAUGGCUACUCGGACCCGCCAGGAAUACCUGAAAGAUCUGGCAGAAAAGAAUGUCACCAACACCCCUAUUGAUCCUUCUGGCAAGUUCCCAUUUAUCUCUCUGGCCUCCAAGAAGAAAGAGAAGUCCAAGCCAUAUUCAGGAGCUGAGCUCAGUAGCAUGGGUGCCAUUGUGUGGGCAGUCAGGGCCAAAGACUACAACCAGGCUAUGGAAAUAGACUGCCUUCUAGGGAUCUCCAAUGAGUUCAUCGUCCUCAUUGAGCAGGAAACAAAGAGCGUGGUUUUCAAUUGCUCCUGCAGAGAUGUGAUUGGAUGGACUUCAACUGACACCAGCCUCAAAAUCUUCUAUGAGCGAGGAGAGUGUGUUUCUGUAGAGAGUUUCAUUAACAAUGAGGAUAUCAAAGAGAUUGUCAAAAGGUUACAGUUUGUAUCAAAAGGUUGUGAGUCAAUGGAGAUGACUCUGCGGAGGAACGGGCUAGGACAGCUUGGCUUCCAUGUCAACUACGAGGGCAUCGUGGCUGACGUUGAGCCCUAUGGCUACGCCUGGCAGGCGGGCCUAAGGCAGGGCAGCCGCCUGGUGGAGAUCUGCAAAGUGGCAGUGGCCACUCUGAGCCACGAGCAGAUGAUCGAUCUGCUGAGAACAUCCGUCACAGUGAAGGUGGUCAUUAUCCCCCCCCAUGAUGACUGCACCCCACGGAGGAGUUGCUCUGAAACCUACCGCAUGCCAGUGAUGGAGUACAAAAUGAAUGAAGGGGUUUCCUACGAAUUCAAGUUUCCUUUCCGAAAUAACAACAAAUGGCAGAGGAAUGCCAAUAAGGGGUCUCAUUCACCUCAAGUCCCAUCCCAGGUGCAGAGUCCUGUGACCUCACGGCUGAAUGCUGGGAAGGGAGACGGGAAGAUGCCACCUCCCGAAAGAGCCGCCAACAUUCCUCGAAGCAUCUCCAGUGACGGGCGCCCCCUGGAGAGGCGGCUAUCUCCUGGUUCAGACAUCUAUGUGACAGUCUCAUCCAUUGCUUUGGCAAGAUCCCAGCAGUGCCGUAACUCCCCUAGCAACCUGUCUUCAUCCAGCGAAACUGGCUCUGGUGGGGGCACCUACAGGCAGAAGUCCAUGCCAGAAGGGUUUGGAGUGAGCCGCAGAUCCCCAGCCUCCAUCGACAGGCAGAACACCCAGUCAGAUAUUGGUGGCAGUGGAAAAUCCACACCCAGCUGGCAAAGGAGUGAGGACAGCAUUGCCGACCAGAUGGCUUACAGUUAUAGAGGACCUCAGGAUUUCAAUUCUUUUGUCCUCGAGCAGCAUGAAUAUACAGAGCCAACGUGCCACCUCCCAGCAGUAUCAAAGGUACUGCCAGCUUUCCGAGAGAGCCCCAGUGGGAGACUGAUGCGGCAGGAUCCAGUGGUUCAUUUGUCUCCAAACAAGCAAGGGCAUUCUGAUAGCCACUACUCAAGCCACUCCAGUAGCAAUACCCUCUCCAGCAAUGCAUCAAGUGCCCACAGUGACGAGAAGUGGUAUGAUGGGGACCGCACGGAAUCCGAACUCAGCAGCUAUAACUAUCUGCAGGGCACCUCUGCGGACAGCGGCAUCGACACCACCUCCUACGGCCCCAGCCACGGCAGCACGGCCUCCCUGGGGGCCGCCACGUCGUCGCCUCGCUCAGGGCCUGGCAAGGAGAAAGUGGCAGCCCUGUGGCACAGCUCCAGUGAAGUGAUCUCCUUGGCAGACCGGACGUUAGAGGCAGAGAGCCACGGCAUGGACCGGAAGGCAGAGUCUUCGCUGAGCUUGGAUCUCCACAGCAAGAGCCAAAUAGGCUCAGGCCCUCUGACAAGGGAGAACAGCACUUUCAGCAUUAAUGAUGCUGCUUCCCACACAAGUACCAUGAGCUCCCGACACUCUGCCAGCCCCGUCGUUUUCACCAGCGCCAGGAGUUCACCUAAAGAAGAGCUUCAUCCUGCCACCUCCUCGCAGCUUGCGCCUUCAUUCUCCUCCUCCUCCUCUUCCUCAUCUGGUCCGAGGACGUUCUACCCUCGUCAGGGAGCAACGAGCAAGUACCUGAUUGGAUGGAAAAAACCAGAGGGAACCAUAAACUCUGUGGGCUUCAUGGACACAAGAAAGCGUCAUCAGAGUGAUGGCAAUGAAAUAGCCCACACCAGGUUACAGGCUUCAACUAGGGACCUCCGGGCAUCCCCUAAGCCAACUUCCAAGUCUACCGUUGAGGAGGAUCUAAAGAAACUGAUUGACCUUGAAAGCCCAACUCCUGAAUCACAGAAGAAUUUUAAGUUCCAUGCGCUCUCCUCCCCUCAGUCUCCUUUCCCUCCCACCCCCACCUCAAGGCGGGCCUUGCACAGGACACUGUCCGAUGAGAGUAUUUACAGCGGCCAGAGGGAGCACUUUUUCCCCUCGAGGGCUUCACUGCUGGACCAAGCCCUGCCCAACGAUGUCCUCUUCAGUAGCACGUACCCUUCUCUCCCCAAGUCUCUUCCUCUGCGGAGACCGUCUUACACCUUGGGAAUGAAGUCAUUGCACGGAGAGUUUUCAGCCUCGGACAGCUCCCUCACUGACAUCCAGGAGACCCGAAGGCAGCCCAUGCCUGACCCCGGCCUGAUGCCCUUGCCUGAUGCUGCUGCAGAUUUGGAUUGGUCCAACUUGGUAGAUGCUGCCAAAGCCUAUGAGGUCCAGAGAGCCUCGUUCUUUGCUGCUAGUGAUGAAAACCAUCGUCCCUUGAGUGCUGCAUCCAACAGCGAUCAGCUUGAGGACCAGGCUCUGGCCCAGAUGAAGUCUUACAGCAGCAGUAAAGAUUCCUCUCCUACUCUGGCUUCUAAAGUGGACCAACUGGAAGGCAUGCUGAAGAUGCUUCGGGAAGAUUUGAAGAAGGAAAAAGAAGACAAAGCCCACCUUCAGGCUGAAGUUCAGCACCUGCGUGAGGACAACCUGAGGCUGCAGGAGGAGUCCCAGAAUGCCUCUGACAAGCUGAAGAAGUUCACUGAGUGGGUCUUCAAUACCAUAGACAUGAGCUAGGGCAGGCUGCGGUGGGAAGGAGAAGGGGGACCACGAGGAGCACUCUCGAGCCAAGACUUGGAAGCCCCUUGCUCAGGCCGUGGAAAGCGUUCUCAGAGCAACUCCCCCAGCUUCCUAGUUUGCCCCCCUGGCGGGGAGUGCACAACACAACAAUUGCAGAUCAACAAUCAUUAUCUGCCUUUUGUAGAAAAGAAAAACAAAAACGUAAAUAAAAAUUUUAAAAAAGUGAAAUAAAAGUUUAACUGCUAAAA